CUUUGUUGUUGUUAGCGGUUGGCAUACAUGACCCAUAAGCCUCAGAGGAGGUGGGCGUUUGGAAGCGCGGCGUCUGCAGUAUAAUUAAAACAUGGCGGAUUCGGAGGAAUUUAGACUUAAACGGUUACAGCAUGAGGAGCGCUUGUCCAGAGUGUUUGACGAAGUAAUGGGCCUAGGAGACUUUGCUGACUCUUCCAGAGGUUCUGCCACCUCUUCCAAGAGUGGUCAGGAUGAGGCAAAGGAAGCAGACGAAACUUCAGGACAAGAGCAAGGGCGACCAAUAGAGGAAGAGGAGAGCAACGGUAGCAGACAAGAAGAAAAAAUGGAUGAGGGGGUAGAAGAGCAGACCUUUCCAUGUGUUGCCUCCCCCUCCCCUGAUCGCAGCUCUUUACCCUCCUCAUUUAAAAUGGGAAAGAACGAAGCAGGAGGGGGAGGAAGUGGCGGGGCAGCGUUUGAUGAUGCACUGGAUGGCCUUCCUUCCUAUGGGCCAGAAGAAGAAGAUGAAGACUGGCACUUUGCCCUGCCAAUGGGUACCCUUGAGGAAGCUGGUGUUAAUAAAGCCAACCAAAAAAGAGCCCAGUCAGGGCAGGUGAACAGCACAGCUCCAAGUGAUGCCUUUGUUGGUGAGUCCAGAGAGGAGGACGAGGAGGAAGAGCAGGAGAGGGCUGGGAGUAGUCCCUCUCCCAACACCUCCCACUCCUCUCAGGACCACACACCAGACAACAGCCAAGAUGGAGGCCUCCAGGGAGAGGAGACUGAAGACAGCCAACAGGGAGAGACGUCAGAGGCUGCUCCUAUUGAGGACAGUAAUCCCCCAACGUCUCCUACUAUCAAUAUUAAAGAUGAGCCUAUUGAUGAGGGCUACGAUGCUGCUUUGCUGCCUCAGAGCUCCAUCAGACAGAUCAAAGAAGAGCUGGAGCACCAGGAGGAAGAGCUGAGGAUUAGCUCUGUCUUCUCUGUAGGUGGAGGGAACACCUUUGCACAGCCUACUAUGCCAGCAGCAGUCCCAGCCCCCCAGCACACAACCAUUUUUAUCCCUGGUAGAGGAGCUCUCCUACAAGCCAUGGGUCCCCUCCCCAUCAGAACACCAGCUCCAGUCCAAGCAUCACUGCCAGCCCUGGCACCAUUACCUUCACGGCCACCUCAACCCCCCAUUCCUGGGAGUGUCCGCUGCAGUGGCUGCUCUAAGGUUCUGCUCAAAGGCCAAACAGCAUUCCAAAGAAAAGGAUCAACACAGCUCUUCUGCUCUACUGUUUGUCUGACAGGACAUCUGCCUCCAGCCACCAAGAACCGAUUAUGUUUUCAGUGCAAAAAGGAGAUAAUUCAGCCCAGGGACAUGAUCGCGGUUCCUGCAGACGACAACACCCUCAUGCACUUCUGUGGCCACUUCUGUCUGUCGGUCUUCAGACAUAAGAGGAAACAGCCUGAUAAGGCUCCUGACAAACGACAAGAACGAAAGCCCGAGAAGCCACCAGAGAAACCAGGUGAACGACAGCCUGAAAGACCUUUUUGUAGCGUCUGCAAAGUCAACAACAAGCAAAUUGAACAUGAGGUCACCCAUCAGGGCCGCCUGCACAGACUCUGUAGUAAUGCUUGUUUUGUAAGUUGGCGCAAGAUUCGGCAGUUAGCCAUGAACUGCUGCGAAGGCUGCGGACUUUACUGUAAUAGCAAAUCAGGUUCCUGUCAGACGCUCACAAUCGAAAGAACUCAGCUCAACUUCUGCAGUCCAACCUGCAUUGCCACCUUCAAACAGACCUGCAGAAAAAUGAUCGAGUGUGCCAACUGUCACAAGAUGGCAGUAGUGUCCUCCACCUUCAUGGAACGAGACCACAAGGGCAAAGUUCAGCUGUACUGUUCACCUGGUUGUGUGGAACAGAGCCGACCACCCCAGCAUACUCUCACUGGUACUCCAUUCCCAUGCUGCCUGUGCAAGGUGUCAGCUGUUCCUCAGUAUCAUUUGGCCAUGGUGGACGGCACCAUACGCAACUUCUGCUCCUAUGCCUGUGUGUCUACUUUUAGGAAGUCUGGUGACACCUCUCAGUCAGACCUGAUUAAUGGAACCUCCUCUCUCAGGAACCCGUCCGUCAGAGAAACUCCCAAACCAGGGUCAUCUGUCGGUGCCAGCUCAGUCCCUCCCAUUCCUCAGGACUACCCAUCUUCGGUUCCCUACCAAGGCCAUCAUCCCAGUCAUACCUCAGUGCCCCCACUAGUGCCUCCCUACCCAACCAUGUCAUCCCCCUCUGUCCCUGGGCAACCCCUAAAACCAGCAGAGGGUGGCCUCGGUGACAGCUCCAAACUGACCUGCCAUCAGUGCAGCAAACAGUUCAGCUCGAAACCGAUGCUGUUCAGUCACCAAGGUCGUAUUUUUAUGUUCUGCAAUAAGACAUGCUGUGAUCACUAUAAAACCCAGAAAAACAUCCUUGCAUUGUGCGAGUGCUGUAAACAGGAGAAGGUUAUAUAUGACAUCAUCAGCUAUAACCAACAGGACCUGGUCAUCUGCAGUGAAAACUGUAAGCUGCUCCUCAAACGUGACCUGACUUCUCGUAACAGGGAUCAAACCUGGCGGCCCUGCAGCUACUGCACUGGCAUCAGUCAGAAGAUGUUGCACAGUCACUAUGGAGGCAAGAUGGAGGAGUUCUGUAGACCCCACUGCAUGUCCCAGUACACAGUUCUGUACUAUGGGAUGGGUCGAUGUGAUAGUUGUAGGAAACAGGGAUACAUGUCUGAGAAGCUACAGUGUUUGGGUUCGGUCCGUAAUUUCUGCAACCUGCCCUGCCUGCUGCAGUACUGCCACUUUCAUUUUGAAACGAGCCAACACACCAGCAGUAAUGGUACUGGGACAGCUCCACAAGCACCACACGCUCCAACCCAACCCCAUCACUCCUCAAAGAUGAAUCCUGUCAUUGCAGACGUUGUCUCAUUGGCCAACGGAUCAGCCACUCAGCCCAGUGUUUCAGCAGAUACUGCUCAGACUGGAGCACUUCCAACCACCAACAUAGAUGGCAAAAACCAUUAUCACGCCAGUACCCAGACCGAUGCCAUGCGUGUGCCUACACCCCGACGGCGUCAGAUGAAGAACAAAUCCGUUCUUUGCCGACCCUUUACGAUGGACCAGGAAACCUUUUGCCAGCUUCCCACUACUUCCACUGAAUCAGGAGAAGGUAAGGAGAACGUGAAGGUGGUAAUGGUUCCAGUCCCAGUCCCCAUCUUUAUUCCAGUGCCUAUGAACAUGUACUGCCAGCACACGCCUGUUCCGAUGCCUAUGCCCAUGCCGGUUCCAGUACCCAUUGUCGUUCCGCCGCAGAAGAAAGACGUGAAAGACGCAGCUGUCCAAUCAGAAUGCUUUGCUGUGAGCAAAGAACAACAAAAAGAUGAGCCUGUUUCCAGUGCAGACCAGAGCUCUAAAAGUGGAGACAUAAAGUCAGAAGUGGUCUCUGCUACAGCCUGUAAAGAUGAGGAGAAAGCAGUGCAGGCUGACCUGCCACCUACUAGCAGUUCAGAGAUGUGCACAGAGUCGGAUGAUCCUCAGCUUAAUGCCCAGCCAGAGACCAGCAAAACGACAAGCGCCCUUCCUACGGCUAGUCCCGGAGACCAACCUCCCUCCUCACCAGCGAUGGACUUGGAGACUGACUUUCCUUCUGAGUUGUUGGAUCAAAAGCUGUCUGCUCCACGGCGAGGAGUGAAGAGAGCUAGAGAGGGUUCCUACAGCCGGAAACGGGGUCGAAGGCGAAUUGGUUCUCUGGACCGUGGUGCAGCCGUGACUCCGGCGCCCCCCAAACUGAACCACCUGUACGGCGUUAACGCCUGGAGGAGCUGGGUUCAGCAACGCAACAAGCAGUCACAACAACCCAGUCCAGUUGACAUUAAAGAAGACGUCCUUCAGUGCAACUCUGCUGAGCUCAACUACGGUCUGUCUCACUUCGUCAGAGAAGUACGACGGCCAAACGGAGAGAGAUACAGCCCAGACAGCAUCUUCUACCUCUGUCUGGGGAUUCAACAGGUUCAGGCAGACAGGGUCACUGGCUUUACUUCUUUUAGUCUGCUGCUGCUUUUCUUAACAUGUAUGUUCUUCCGUCUUUUGUCUCUACCUCUCAUUGGACAGUAUCUCUUCAUGAAGGGCCGCAUAGAGAACAUCUUCACUGACAAGCUGUACAUUCAGUUUGCCUCCGAGAUCACUGGGAUGCUUCGACUUUGGAAACCUAAGCUGCUGCCUAGUGGUCAAGUUGUUUCAUCCCGUGUGGAGGAGCCCUACCUGUGGGAGUGUAAGCAGCUGGGCGCGUACUCACCCAUAGUCUUGCUCAACACGCUGCUCUUCUUCUGCACCAAAACCUUCCACCUGACCACCGUGGAGCAGCACCAGAGCCUCUCUUUUUCCAACUUCACUCGGUGUUCAAAGCCCUGCAGUCGAGCGGGCAAAGUCCACUACCUCCGCUACCAGAGAAGCAGCGCUGCCCCGCACAGCCAGGAAGAGACAGCACGUUCCAGAAGAAGGCAGGCGGAGAACGAGGGCGACAUGGAGAUGCUCCAGAACGUCACCAACCCUCUGCACUGUCCUGUCCAACUCUAUGAGUUCUACCUCUCUAGAUGCCCAGAGUCUGUGAAGAAGAGAACCGACGUGUUCUACCUCCAGCCUCACCAGAAUGUCCACACGCACAGUUCCCACUGGUACACUUCACAACCGUUGGAUGCCACCACUCUACAGAACAUGCUCACACGCAUCCUGGCUGUGAAAGAGGUUCAGCAGGAACAGGAAGCAGUCCAGCAUCAGUCCCCAGCUGCUGCUGAGGGUGACGGCCCACAGUCAUUAUCCACAACCUGUUCCCCUGCAACGCUGUGAAAGAAUAUUUCCCUGAAGCCAAACAGUGAAAUGAAGUUUCAAAGGUCUUUCUUUGAAACAGAAAGACCUGUCAUAGCAUGAGACUGGAUUUUGUUACCUCAGUGGCCAUCUACUCAUCACACCAAUGCACAAUGCGUUGUUUACAAAUAGCCGAUCUUAUUAGACAGGACAAGAGAAUGCUAAGGAGUGCAUUGUCACCCCAGUGUUCUUUAUGUGCUACCAAUAACGGCCAAUGGUCACCCUGUCAGAUGUGCUUUUUAUUUCAGUUAUAGAUGACCUUAGUAACCUAAUACCAAUGAGAGGUUCCACCCAUCUGACACCUUGAGAGUUUAAAUGAGUUGUUUUAUCAUUGCCCCUCUCUCAGCACUUUCUAUGGAGUAUAGUGAUUUCUAUUCAUUUUUAAAGAUGAUGCUAUUGGUGGUUUCAACACUUUUAAGCACCUGUGCUUAGAAAUGUACCUUCAUCUGGUGUGUUCAUAACCACACACACACACACACACACAAAAGAAUGUCACUCAGUUCAAGUGAAAGACUUCCCACAGAAAGUGGAAAGCCAAAAAUCCCUCUUGUAAUGAUAGAAAACUCACAGUGCCUCUCAUCCUUCAUUAUUUUAUGAACAAAUGAUCAGAUUUUAUGUUACUUUUUUAUAUUGUUGUUUCUAUGUGGCCUUAUUUCUUUGUCAGCAGUUUUCCCAUCCUUAGUUUAAGAGUACCUUUACACAUUUCAGAAGAUUUGGAAAAGCUGUCUGACCAUUAUUAUGAUUGGGAGUAUUAUUAUUAUUACCGAUGAUUACCGCUAUGUGUAUUCCUUUAUCCAUGUCUUCUGUCUUUGCCCUUGCUUCUAACAUUGCCAUCAUCUUCCUCUUUGUUCUCCUCCUACAUCAUCCCAUCUUUUACUUUCUUCCACCUCUAGUUGAGUUGAGAGAAUUUAAUUUUGCAGCAAACAAAUCAAAACUACUGGAACUCUUCUUUUACUGACACUUAAUGUUUUCUGCUUUAUAUCUAAUGUGUAGUGGGUUUUAAGUGGGCGUUGCAAACAUUUGAACUCCUUCCUGUUUUCUGUAAUAGGCUUUGGCCCAGAAGUGAAUACCAAACUUGUUUGUGACACACCACAGUGUUUGGUCUAUAGGGCUGCCGUGAAGCUCAACUUUCUCAAACAUGUCCACACAUGCUACACAUAAAUGCAAUUACACAAUAUACGAUACAUUUGUGUGUAUUGAUGAGUUGUAACCAAAAAUAUAUUUUUUUUCCAAACAGAAUUCUGAUAUAUUGCUGUUGGGAUUUUAUGAUAAUUGUAUUUGUCAGGGAGUGGGAGCAUUGUCAUGUCUCUAUUGUUUCUUCAUCUAUUUUGCUGUUUCAGGUGUGUAUGUUUUGUCACAGAGGCAGAAGUUCCUUUACUUUAUGUUUUAUAUCAUGUUUUAUAUGGAGUCCAUGUUACAGUGUAAACCAAUAGGAGCUAUAAAUCAGGGAAGCCCCGACUCUCCACAUGCUCCAUGCUAACAUUUAAACAUUCCCAGUGUUCACUGAUGGCAAAACAUUUGCCCAAACGCCGUACUGAUGGAUUACUGUAGACCACACCCUGUACCAUAGUAUCAGCAUUGCUGGUAUAAAUGAAACGCAUGAAUAUUAUUGCUGCUGUCUGAUGAUUGUUCAGUGUGAAAAGACUCUAAAGACAGUGUAAUGUUAUAUUUCAUGCACAAAAUCCUGUUUUACCACUGGGUAUUAAAAGAAAAUCCAUCUCA